AUAAUCAAGUAUUAGUUUUGUUUUUUUUCACUCAAAUCCAUUUCUGGCCAAAAUGAGCAUCGCAACCGCCAGCUCAUCGACCCAGCAAUAGUAGUUGUAUUUUCCUCAUUUAUAGAAAUAAAAAUUAAAACCCAAAAUUAAAUUGAAUAUCAAUUUUGAUUCCCAAGCUUCUCAAUUUCAGGGACUCUGAUUGGGAGUUGGGACAAUGUAUCGGACAGUGGCUACAGCCACGACCAGGGGGGGAGUCCCAACUGAUAAUGGGGACUCUGUUGUGACCUUGGAUCAAGUCCCACGAUGGAGUGAUGCAGAGUAUAGGUCUUCUUUGGAGUAUGAGAAUGAAGAUCCUUCGUUUUCGAAUUCGUAUUUCCCUGACCCCUUAACAUCUCCUGGGGAGGAGAGUAGUAGCAAUGGGAUGGUGUCGAGGUUUCCUGUUGAUCAUGAAAUAAACUCAAAGAUAUAUUUGUGGAGGGGACAGCCGUGGAACCUUGAGGUUGAUGCUGUUGUUAACUCUACAAAUGAGAACUUGGAUGAAGCACACAGCAGUCAUGGUUUGCAUGCAGCAGCUGGACCUGGUCUUGCAGAAGAAUGCGUAACACUGGGUGGAUGCAGGACAGGGAUGGCCAAAGUUACUAAUGCAUAUGAUCUUCCUGCUAGGAGAGUUAUCCAUACUGUUGGUCCCAAGUAUGCAGUAAAGUAUCACACUGCUGCUGAAAAUGCUCUGAGUCAUUGCUAUCGAUCUUGCCUGGAACUUCUCAUUGAUAAUGGUCUUCGGAGUAUUGCUAUGGGCUGUAUAUACACAGAGGCUAAAAACUAUCCCCGUGAACCAGCUGCACAUGUGGCUAUAAGGACUGUUCGGCGAUUUCUUGAAAAGCAGAAAGAUAAAAUUACUGCUGUCGUUUUUUGUACUAGCACAUCACCUGAUACUGAGAUCUAUAAGAGAUUGCUUCCACUUUACUUUCCUCGAGAUAAGCAUGAGGAGGAGGUGGCCAUGACUAAGCUUCCUGCCGAUGUUGGGGAUGAGAAUGGUGAGACUAUCAUAGAUGAGCGUAAAAUCAGAAUAAAGCCAUUGCCCAAAAAGGCCAUCCCAAAGCCUCCCCAAGCUCCAGUUGAACUCCCUGUUAGUGAUGUAGGUUUGGUACGAAGGAAUUCAAAUUACUUGGAUACAUAUUUGGAUCCCGCUUUCAUGUCCUUGAUCAAAGAUCCAGAUCAGAGACGCCAGGAACAAUGGGAAAAAAAUGCUCAAGCACAAGGUGGUUGGAACUGUGCUAAGAUGCUUGGAUUUGGUGACCUUGGUGGGCCUCCAUUAUCGGCUGCUGAAGAAUACUCACUUCACUCCAGAUACCUCGCCAAGGCAAAUUCUCUUAAUCUUUCUGAAAUUGCAGAGAUGAAAAUUGUUUACCGUGGGGGAGUGGACAGUGAAGGUCGCCCUGUUAUGGUUGUUGUUGGAGCACAUUUUCUGCUACGGUGUCUUGAGCUUGAACGUUUUAUUCUCUAUGUUGUAAAGGAAUUUGAACCCUUAAUACAGAAGCCUUAUACUAUUGUAUACUUUCACUCUGCAGCAUCUUUACAGAUCCAACCAGACUUAGGAUGGAUGAGAAGAUUACAGCAAAUACUUGGUCGAAAGCACCAACGUAACCUGCAUGCAAUAUAUGUUCUUCAUCCUACCUUUCACUUGAAGGCUGCAAUUUUUGCUCUGCAAAUGUUUGUGGACAAUGUGGUGUGGAAGCAAGUGGUAUAUGCGGAUAGGCUUCUGCAGCUAUUCAGAUAUGUUCCUCGUGAGCAAUUGACCAUCCCCGAUUUCGUGUUUCAGCACGAUUUAGAAGUGAAUGGCGGAAAGGGUCUUAUUGUGGACCCCAGAACGAAAUAUGUAUACCAUCGACCGUAGACAUUUAAAUACAGUUUCACCAGUUG